AUGGAAGCUUUACUCCCACCGCUCCCAACUCCCCCAGGCCCCAAAACCAUCAGAACCGGCAUCCGCAAACCAUGGCUCUGGUUCCAAGAACUCAGUCAACAGUACGGCGACGUCGUGUAUCUCCAACUCGGCCCAACACCGACCAUAGUCCUCGGUUCCGCGCAAGCUGCAUGGGAUCUUCUCGAGAAGCGAGGCGCCGUCUUCUCUUCCCGUCCACGAUUCAUCAUGGGCGGUGAACUUCUCUCCGGUGGCAUGAGAGGUCUUAUGGCGCCGUAUGCUUCGUAUUGGAGACGGUGGAGAAAGCUGCUGCAUAGUGGGUUCAUGCAGAGGCAGAGUGAGACGUACAGACCGAUUCAGAGCCUUGAGUCCAAGGUUUUGAUGUUUGAUCUUUUGAAGAGGCCUACCGAUUUUAGAAUGCAUUUGGAGAGGUAUGCGGCUUCGGUUAUUGUUACGGUUACUUAUGGAAGGAGAGUUGAGGAUGUGAGGAGUGAUAUUGUGGUGAGGCGCAAUGCUGAGGCUAUGGAGCGUCUUACUAUGGUCAAUAUCCCCGGAAAGUAUGCUGUCGAGCGUUAUCCUGCACUCAAAUAUCUCCCUAGCUUCCUGGCCCCAUGGAAGAAGGAAGUUCUUCAGCAGCGUCAGAAAGACAUCCAACUAUAUACCGAACUCAUGGAUGAGGUUCGCGAAAAGGUUGCCAAAGGUACUGCGCCAACCUGCUUCGCAAAGCAUCUUCUCGAAGAGCAAGAGAGCUUAGGUAUGAGUGAUCUGGAAAUUGCUUAUACGGCUGGAUCACCCUUCGGUGCUGGUGUCGAGACCUCUGCGGGCUCACUCGCAAGUUUUCUUCUCGCCUGUGUAAAGUUCGGACCGCAAUUCAUCCCCAAGGCUCAAGAAGAACUGGAUAGGGUAGUCGGAAGUGAUAGACUACCCACGUUUGAUGAUUUGCCAAAGUUGGAAUACGUCAGAGCUAUCGCAUCCGAGACACUUCGGUGGAGGCCUGUUGCUGUACUAGGAGGUACACCUCAUGCUAGCACUGCAGAUCACGUCUACAAGGGCAUGUUCAUUCCCAAGGGAAGCACCAUUAUCGCACCACUUUGGACCCUGCAUCUGAAUGAAGCCGACUUCCCUGAGCCUCAUGAGUUCCGGCCAGAGCGCUUUAUGGAGAAGCGAGAGUACCCCGGCACGCUUGGCCAUAGCGCUUUUGGCUGGGGUCGACGAAUCUGCCCGGGUAUGCACCUCGGAGCUGCCUCCGUUACGCUUAACAUCGCGCGUAUCCUAUGGGGCUUCGAAGUCAACCCUGAGCAGGAUGAGAAGGGACGAGACAUGGAUGUUGAUAUGUAA